CUAUCACGCUGUUAAUUAUAUUGUAAAUUAAUGAAAUAACCAGAUACAAAUAUCAUAUCCAUACUAACUGGAAACAAAACUGAAGAGGCAAUUGCCAGCAUAUGUCAUCCUGUCAAUAUCAGUUCUGCGGUGCCAAGAUGAGGCAGGGAUUAUCAUGCUGCAUUGUGUGGAGAACACGCCUUGGUUAAGGACCAGCUCAUUCAACAAGAAUUCAACAUUCUUAGUAUAAUUGCAAACUACAGCGGAACUUAUUCUCAGACCACAAAUAAUCCUGUGAAACUAAGUGAUCAUGGCUAACGAAACGGAAUCAAUCGGGUUUCUGUCAGCAAUAUCGCAGGACCAGUUAAUUGUGAUAAGGUUUUUCACGAUUUUUACGUCCAUACUCGGCACUAUAGGGAACGCGUUGACCAUUCUCGCCAUUGUUAAGGGCCGCCUAUACACUAACGUCUCGUUCGUUUUCAUACUGAACCUUAGUGUGACGAACUUGAUCCACUGUGUGAUAUUACACCCCCUGCUGGCCGCUCAGGCGUAUAGGGGCAUCUGGACGUUCAACAAGGCGGCCUGCGUCGCCUUUGCGUACGGUCUCUUUUCGAACCUCGGCACGGAGCUGUGGGGUUACACGUGGAUCACCGUAAACCGCUACUUCUGUGUCGUCCGCCACCAUAUCUACAAGCGUCUGUACGGGGACACCCGUCUCGUCGCCACGAUGCUCGUGUUCUCUUGGCUCUUCUACCCUUUCGUGUUCCUGUUACCCCUCACAUACGCAUGGGGACACUUCAUCUACGCUCCACGGAAACUGAUCUGUUACCCAUUCGCGGGAUACAACUGUAGUGGAUUUUGUUUAUUUGUGUACACCAUCGCCAUUGUAAGCACCGUGCCCGUGAUUAUAUAUUGCUACGCCGCAAUUAUCAGAAAAUACGUUAAAACGCGGAUGAAAGUGGGACAAGGUCGAGGAAAGACGCCAUCAAGUAGAACUGCUAACAUGGACUUAAUGGUCGCUAAGACUGACUCAGAACGCCAGAAAACGCUCAGUGAACUGCGAAUGGCGUUCACUAUCCUAGCCGUCAUCGUCGUGUUCACAACGUGUCGGAUGCCUUUCAUGGUUUUGUAUCUCGUUGAUCCAUCAAUGUCCAAAGUGAACCCUUUCGUUCAUACGUUGCUUAUUUACAUUGGAUCAUGUUCAAAUUGGAUAAACCCUAUAAUUUACGCUUUCAGUAAUAAGAAAUUAUUUAAUACUUUGCGCAAGAUAUUCAUGUCUUGGAAGCGGACGUUUGUGCUUGAUUCUAACACGUAAUAAAGAAUAGCUC